AUGCAGUACGUCAUCCUCACGUACAUGAAGCACCUUGGCGUGAAAGUCAAAGAACCACGCGGCCUUGAGUCCAAAUGGGUCCGCAUCAACUUCCUCCCCAAGAUCAAGGUACGAGCCUACCCUCCGCUAACCCAGCUCGGUUAUUAACUGUCACCUCAACUAUAUCUCUCUUACUGACUGAUGAUGUGAUGUCUGUGAUCAACAGAAGAGCAUCAAGACCGAGAAGGAGGGAGGGGAGGAGAAGGUGAAACGAACCAGGUUUCCCAGCAUCCUCGGGCCUCCACGCCGGCCGAGCCGCGUCGACCCCACGUCCGGUGAGUCUGUCUGUGUGUUAUAAAGCAAACUGGCUUUCAUUUUGUCAUUUAAGAUAACCAACAGUGACCAACACUACUAUACUAUAGGUCUCCCAAUUUACUGAACCCCUGGAGAGGCACUUUGUAUUGGUAGAUGGUCAUCAUCACCCACAUUUCAAAACAAAUCAUCUUGUUACUAUGGAGAAAAGGAGGGACCGACAGGAAAGGAAAUUGAUCCUAUAGUAUUGACUCCUGCUACCUCUUUGUGUGUCUUUGUGUCUGUCUGUCUCUAUGUGUGCUGCCUACCUGUGUCUCUGACUGAUUGUGUGCCUGUCUGUCUGUGUGAGCAGUCGGCAAGGCCAUGGACCUCAACAAGCCGCGGCCACAGAAGCAGCUGUCCCAGCCCUGCCUGGGGGCCCUGGAGCACCUGGAGGCGGGUCGCCUGAGGGCCAGUCAGUCCAGCGAGGGCUCAGAUCUCACACAUUCCUCCUCUACCAACGCCACCUCGCCACCCAACAGCACCACCAACAGCCAAGCCUCUGACGGAGGCAGCAGAGACUCUGAGUUUGGUACGACCCUGGACUACCACAUAGUGUACUAGACUCGAGCUAGUACACACCUACUAAACUCUCUAGCUAGCACAAUCCCCACAUACUCAAUUCUAAACCAAGUACCCUAGUCUCUAGACCACAUACUAAAUCAAGCGCAAACAACGCAAGACCAAUUACGCUCCCCAUAGUGUUUGUCUGCGGUGCUCUCCUCUUAAACUAAAUUCCUGAAUCCCGAAUGCACAUUCAGAAAGUAUUCAGACGCAUUGACUUUUUCCACAUUUUGUGACGUUACAGCCUUAUUCUAAAAUGGAUGAAAUAAUGUUUUCAAUCUACACACAAUACCCCAUAAUUCAAAGCGAAAACAGAUUUUUUUUAAAUGUAUUGAAAAUAAAAAACAGAAAAGUAUUCAGACCCGAAAUUGAGCUCAGGUGCGUCCUGUUUCCAUCGAUCAUUCUUGAUGUUUCUACAACUUGGAGUACACCUGUGGUAAAUUAAAUUUAUUGGACAUGAUUUGGAAAGGCACACAACUGUCUAAGGUCCCACAGUUGACAGUGCAUGUCAGAGCAAAAACCAAGCCGUGAGGUCAAAGAAAUUGUCCGUAGAGCUCCGAGACAGGAUUGUGUCGAGGUACAGAUCUGUGGAAGGGUACCAAAACAUUUCUGCAGCAUUGAAGGUCCCCAAUAACACAGUGGCCUCCAUCAUUCUUAAAUGGAAGAAGUUUGGAACCACCAAAACUCUUCCUAGAGCUGGCCGCCCGGCCAAACUGAGUUAUCGGUAGAGAAGAUCCUUGGUCAGGGAGGUGACCAAAAACACGAUGGUCACUCUGACAGAGCUCUAGAGUUCCUCUGUGGAGAUGGGAGAACCUUCCAGAAGAACAACCAUCUCUGCAGCACUCUACCAAUCAGGCCUUUAUGGUAGAGGGGCCAGACGGGAGCCACUCCUCAUUAAAGGCACAUGACAGCCCACUUGGAGUUUGCCAAAAGGACUCAGACCGUGAGAAACAAGAUUCUCUGGUCUGAUGAAACCAAGAUUGAACUCUUUGGCCUGAAUGCCAAGCAUCACGUCUGGAGGAAACCUGGCACCAUCCCUGCGGUGAAGCAUGGUGGUGGCAGCAUCAUACUGUGGGGAUGUUUUUCAGCGGCAUGGACUGGGAGACUAGUCAUGAACGGAGCAAAGUACAGAGAGAUCCUUGAUGAAAACCUGCUCCAGAGCGCUCAGGACCUCAGACUGGGGCUGAGGUUUACCUUCCAACAGGACACCGACCCUAAGCACACAGCCAAGACAACGCAGGAGUGGCUUCGGGACAAGUCUCUGAAUGUCCUUGAGUGGCCCAGCCAGAGCCCGGACUUGAACCAGAUCGAACAUCUCUGGAGAGACCUGAAAAUAGCUGUGCAGCGACGCUCCCCAUCCAACCUGACAGAGCUUGAGAGAAACUCUGCAAAUACAGGUGUGCCAAGCUUGUAGCAUCAUACCCAAGAAGACUUGAGGCUAAAACAAAGUACUGAGGAAAGGGUCUGAAUACUUAUGUAAAUGUGAUAUUUCAGCUUUUUAUUUUUAAUACAUUUGCAAAAGAUUAUAGAAACCUGUUUUUGCUUUGUGAUUAUGGGGUAUUGUGUGUAGAUUGAUGAGGGGGGGAAAAAACAAUUUAAUCCAUUUUAGAAUAAGGCUGUAAUGUAACAAAAUGUGGAAAAGGUCAAGGGGUCUGAAUACUUUCCGAAUGCACUGUAUGUACCAAAAUCGCGAUUAAUUCACCCAUUUUUUGUGAUGACGAUAAAUCAGCGAUAAACUCUGAUUAAAAAAUAAAUUAAAACAUUGGGGGGAGGUGCUGGAUAUGGACAAAAAGUAAUAUCACGAUAAAUGUAACUAUUUUGCUCGAUAAUAACAAAUCAACAAUGUUUUUUUAUUUUUAUGGACAGAUACUUUACAUUAGUGGCAGUUCUUUUUCCAGUGCCAAAUAAAAGAUCUGAAAUGGUAGACAUUUACAUUUACGUCAUUUAGCAGACGCUCUUAUCCAGAGCGACUUACAAAUAGGUGCAUUCACCUUAUAGCCAGUGGGAUAACCACUUUACAAUGUUAUUGUUAUUAUUUUAUUUUUUGGGGGGGUGGGUUGGGGUAAGGGGGGGGUAGAAGGAUUACUUUAUCCUAUCCCAGGUAUUCCUUAAAGAGGUGGGGUUUCAAAUGUCUCCGGAAGGUGGUGAGUGACUCCGCUGUCCUGGCGUCGUGAGGGAGCUUGUUCCACCAUUGGGGUGCCAGUGCAGCGAACAGUUUUGACUGGGCUGAGCGGGAUCUAUGCUUCCGCAGAGGUAGGGGAGCCAGCAGGCCAGAGGUGGAUGAACGCAAUGCCCUCGUUUGGGUGUAGGGACUGAUCAGAGCCUGAAGGUACGGAGGUGCCGUUCCCCUCACAGCUCCAUAGGCAAGCACCAUGGUCUUGUAGCAGAUGCGAGCUUCAACUGGAAGCCAGUGGAGUGUGCGGAGGAGCGGGGUGACGUGAGAGAACUUGGGAAGGUUGAACACCAGACGGGCUGCGGCAUUCUGGAUGAGUUGUAGGGGUUUAAUGGCACAGGCAGGGAGCCCAGCCAACAGCGAGUUGCAGUAAUCCAGACGGGAGAUGACAAGUGCCUGGAUUAGGACCUGUGCCGCUUCCUGUGUAAGGCAGGGUCGUACUCUCCGAAUGUUGUAGAGCAUGAACCUACAGGAUCGGGUCACCGCCUUGAUGUUAGCGGAGAAUAAUAAUAAUAAUAAUAAUAAUAUGCCAUUUAGCAGACGCUUUUAUCCAAAGCGACUUACAGUCAUGCGUGCAUACAUUUUUUUUGUGUAUGGGUGGUCCCGGGGAUCGAACCCACUACCUUGGCGUUACAAGCGCCGUACUCUACCAGCUGAGCUACAGGGUGUUGUCCAGGGUCACGCCUUAUUUGAUCUAACAUAUCCAGGAAAUGCAUGAUUUAUAUUUUGAUGUGCAACCUGUCAAAAUAGGAUCCAGAAUUAUCUGAUUUAUUUUUGGCUCUUCAGAGAAUCUUCUGACAUCUUUGUGCAUAUUGGCCUAUAAGCUACAGUAUAUUAUUCACCACCUGAGGAAGUGGGAAUCAGUAAAUGUAGGCUAAUGUCUGACAAAAACAUUCCAGUGCUAGGCCUAGACUACUUGAUGUAGGCCUAAUCACUGCAAAUGGCGCGCUCUGCUCCACUCCGCACCGCAUCAAAACUUUACUACACUACAGCCUGAUCUGGUUGUAAAGUGGUGCCAUGAACUCUAUAUUAAGAGAAAUACAUAAUAUAUUCACAGGAAAUUAUGACUCCUCUCUGUAACUAGAACAGUAAUUUGCUUUGAAAACUGUAUUUUCCCCGCAAUAGCAUUUUGAGCAACGGUCGUAGUUGUACAGGGUAACUGAUCUCUCUCUGUCUCUCUCCUCUCCUCAGUUGUGACCUCUAACUCUGCCUUCCCCAAACUGAGCGAGGGUCUUGGAGACCUGGACAGUCUACAGAACACUCCAAACACACACUUUGACUACAGCCUGAGCCCCUACAGCCUGGACCAGCUGCAGGAGGAGGACCGGGAGAGCGGGUAAGAUGGAUCCCAAACAGGGGAAAGCAUAGGGCCUAUGGGCCCAGUCAAAAGGAGUGCACUAAAUUGGGAAUAGGGUGGCAUUAGACAUGUUUUAUCUACCCUCUGUAUAUAACAUGCAAUUCCAGUCAGCCCUUGACCUUUUUGUCUUUACCCCUAUUGUGCACAGUUGUUUUAGUAGUUGUUUCAUGCAGGCAGAGUACAUCUUGACGAGUAUGUGGAGCUUUGUCAUUCAGGUGUCGUAGUUAGUAGUAUCCUCUUGUUACAGAAUCCUUGAAGGAACACAUUUACAUUUACAUCAUUUAGCAGACUCUCUUAUCCAGAGCGACUUACAAAUUGGUGCAUUCAAUUUAUGAUAGCCAGUGGGACAACCACCUUUUUUUUUUUAAUGGGGGGUGGGGGAAGAAGGAUUACUUUAUACUAUUCCAGGUAUUCCUUAAAGAGGUAGGGUUUCAAGUGUCUCCGGAAGGUGGUCAGUGACUCCGCUGUCGUGGGGGAGCUUGUUCCACCAUUGGGGUGCCAGAGCAGCGAAUAGCUUUGACUGGGCUGAGCGGGAACUGUGCUUCCGUAGAGGUAGGGGAGCUAGCAGGCCAGAGGUGGAUGAAUGUAGUGCCCUCGUUUGGGUGUAGGGUCUGAUCAGAGCCUGAAGGUAAUGAGGGGCCGUUCCCCUCACAGCUCUGUAGGCAAGCACCAUGGUUUUGUAGUAGAUGUGAGCCUCAACUGGAAGCCAGUGGAGUGUGCAGAGGAGCGGGGUGACAUGAGAGAACUUGGGAAGGUUGAACACCAGACGGGCUGCAGCGUUCUGGAUGAGUUGUAGGGGUUUAAUGGCACAGGCAGGGAGCCCAGCCAACAGCGAGUUGCAGUAAUCCAGACGGGAGAUGACAAGUGCCUGGAUUAGGACCUGUGCCGCUUUCUGUGUAAGGUAGGGUCGUACUCUGCGAAUGUUGUAGAGCAUGAACCUGCAGGAUCGGGUCACCGCUUUGAUGUUAGCGGAGAACGACAGGGUGUUGUCCAAGGUCACGCCAAGGUUCUUUGCACUCUGGGAGGAGGACACAAUGGAGUUGUCAACCGUGAUGGCGAGAUCAUGGAGUGGGCAGUCCUUCCCCGGGAGGAAGAGCAACUCCGUCUUGCCGAGGUUCAGCUUGAGGUGGUGAUCCGACAUCCACACUGAUAUGUCUGCCAGACAUGCAGAGAUGCGAUUCGCCACCUGGUUAACAGAAGGGGGAAAGGAGAAAAUUGUGUGUCAUCUGUGUAGCAAUGAUAGGAUAGACCAUGUGAGGAUAGGACAGAGCCAAGUGACUUGGUGAAUAGAGAGAAUAGGAGAGGGCCUAGAACUGAGCCCUGGGGGACACCAGUGGUGAGGAGACAGAUUCUUGCCACGCGACCUGUCAGGUAGGACGCAAUCCAAGAGUGAGCAGCGCCGGAGAUGCCCAACUCGGAGAGGGUGGAGAUGAGGACCUGAUGGUUCACAGUAUCAAAGGCAGCGGAUAGGUCUAGAAGGAUAAGAGCAGAGGAGAGAGAGUUAGCUUUAGCAGUGUGGAGAGCCUCCGUGACACAGAGAAGAGCAGUCUCAGUUGAAUGACCAGUCUUGAAACCUGACUGGUUUGGAUCAAGAAGGUAAUUCUGAGAGAGAUAGCAGGAGAGUUGGCUAGAGACGGCACGCUCAAUAGUUUUGGAGAGAAAAGAAAGAAGGGAUACAGGUCUGUAGUUGUUGACAUCGGAGGGAUCGAGUGUAGGUUUUUUGAGGAGGGGUACAACUCUCGCUCUCUUGAAGACGGAAGGGACAUGGCCAGCGGUCAAGGAUGAGUUGAUGAGCGAGGUGAGGUAAGGGAGAAGGUCUCCGGAAAUGGUCUGGAGAAGAGAGGAGGGGAUAGGGUCAAGCGGGCAGGUUGUUGGGCGGCCGGCCGUCACAAGUCGCAAGAUUUCAUCUGGAGAGAGAGGGGAGAAAGAAGUCAAAGCAUAGGGUAGGGCAGUGUGAGCAGGACCAAUGGUGUCAUUUGACUUAAUAAAUGAGGAUCGGAUGUCGUCAACCUUCUUUUCAAAAUGGUUGACGAUGUCAUCCACAGAGAGGGAGGAGGAGGAGGAGGAGGAGGAUUCAGCAGGGAGGAGAAGGUGGCAAAGAGCUUCCUAGGGUUAGAGGCAGAGGCUUGAAAUUUAGAGUGGUAGAAAGUGGCUUUAGCAGCGGAAACAGAGGAAGAGAAUGUAGAGAGGAGGGAGUGAAAAGAUGACAGGUCCGCAGGGAGUCGAGUUUUCCUCCAUUUCUGCUUGGCUGCCCAGAGCCCUCUUCUGUGAGCUCGCAAUGAGUUGUCAAGCCACGGAGCAGGAGGGGAGGACCGAGCCGGCCGGGAGGAUAGGGGACAUAGAGAGUCAAAAUAUGCAGAAAGGGAGGAGAGGAGGGUUGAGGAGGCAGAAUCAGGAGAUUGGAAGGAGAAGGAUUUAGCACAGGGAAGAGAUGAUAGGAUGGAAGAGGAGAGAGUAGCGGGAGAGAGAGAGCGAAGGUUGCGACGGCACAUUUCCAUCUGAGUAGGGGCAGAGUGAGUAGUGUUGGAGGAGAGCGAGAGAGAAAAGGAUACAAAGUAGUGGUCUGAGAUUUGGAGGGGAGUUGCAGUGAGAUUAGUAGAAGAACAGCAUCUAGUAAAGACGAGGUCAAGUGUAUUGCCUGCCUUGUGAGUAGGGGGGGACGGUGAGAGGGUGAGGUCAAAAGAGGAAAGGAGUGGAAAGAAGGAGGCAGAGAGAAAUGAGUCAAAAGCAGACGAAGGGAGGUUAAUGUCACCCAGAACUGGGAAGGGUGAGCCAUCCUCAGGAAAGGAACUUAUCAAGGCGUCAAGCUCAUUGAUGAACUCUCCAAGGGAACCUGGAGGGCGAUAAAUGACAAGGAUGUUAAGCUUGAAUGGGCUAGUGACUGUGACAGCAUGGAAUUCAAAUGAGGAGAUAGACAGAUGGGUCAGGGGGGAAAGAGAGAAUGUCCACUUGGGAGAGAUGAGGAUUCCUGUGCCACCGCCGCGCUGACCAGAUGCUCUCGGGAUAUGCGAGAACACAUGGUCAGACGAGGAAAGAGCAGUAGGAGUAGCAGUGUUUUCUGUGGUAAUCCAUGUUUCCGUCAGCGCCAAGAAGUCGAGGGACUGGAGGGUAGCAUAGGCUGAGAUGAACUCUGCCUUGUUGGCCGCUGAACGGCACUUUCAGAGGCUGCUGGAGACCUGGAACUCCACGUGGGUCGUGCGCGCAGGGACCACCAGAUUAGAGUGGCAGCAGCCACGCGGUGUGAAGCGUUUGUAUGGCCUGUGCAGAGAGGAGAGAACAGGGAUAGACAGACACAUAGUUGAAAGGCUACAAUAAUGCAAAGGAGAUCGGAAUGAAAUUAACUAAACAUCUGGGAAAGCGAGAGAGCGGGGCCUCCCUCAAUUACGUUUCACUGAAACACUCAAAUAAAACUCUCCCAACAUCCACUUUAGAAAUUAUAAUUGUUGUAAACUACAGCGGUUCAAUGUUUUCUAGGAAUAUACUCUAACUUAGUUUAUUCAGCUAGCUAACUUGGUACAGUAUUCUUCCGUGAAAACCGUCCAGGGCACCGAAUCCUAUGACGCCAUAGCCAACUAGCAUGCCAGGCUCCAAUAACACGGUUUAGCACCAAUACCCGGUUACAACAAACCACCAGUGUGUUAACACGCCAAACAGAUCAUUUGUGUCCGCGUCUAACAUUGUGACACCCAAGGUUAUCAGAAGGUGAGUAUUUUCUGUCCUAUUUUUUGACUUGGCCUGCUACUAUUUCUGAUAAAGGCAAUGGUCAGAUAGUUUAUUUGAGUUUUUAGUCAGUGUCUUAAACCUCUUCGGUCCAAUUGUGGACUACCUUUAUCAGAAGUGCUGUAGGCUAGCUAUGGUUAGAAACAGUAUGAGUUUUUAGAUAUUUCUUAACAUCUUCUGUUAUAUUUUGUGACUGCAUUUAUCUUAGUCAGAUAGUGUAUUUAAGGUUGUAACCAGCGUCUAACUGCUGCUGCCUAUCUCCCAGGUUGGAUGGCCUUGGCUCUACAGAGGUGCAGAGUGAAGACGACCAAGGAGGAACGGACUCUGAGCACGACCCCCUCAACUGGCAGCAGCUAGUGGGACGAGAGGUCCUGGCCGGACUCAGGCCCCACGAGAUCAAGAGACAGGAAGUCAUUAACGGUAGCUUCCUGUUCGAACUGUAACCCAGUCACCAUAAUAGAAAUAAAUAGGGCCUGUUACCCAACCAGGAAAAACUCUGGACCCUAGUGAUUGGUUUUGCAUGAUUAGGAAAAACCCAGGGCCCUAAUGCUGUAUGUCUGUUCACUCUUUUAGUAGGUCGUUUAUUGUUCAAAAGGAAUAAUCACUGUGUAAACCCCUUACACUCGUGGGAAUUGGCCUACAGUGGGGGAAAAAAGUAUUUAGUCAGCCACCAAUUGUGCAAGUUCUCCCACUUAAAAAGAUGAGAGAGGCCUGUAAUUUUCAUCAUAGGUACACGUCAAUUAUGACAGACAAAUUGAGAGAGAAAAAAUCCAGAAAAUCACAUUGUAGGAUUUUUUAUGAAUUUAUUUGCAAAUUAUGGUGGAAAAUAAGUAUUUGGUCACCUACAAACAAGCAAGAUUUCUGGCUCUCACAGACCUGUAACUUCUUCUUUAAGAGGCUCCUCUGUCCUCCACUCGUUACCUGUAUUAAUGGCACCUGUUUGAACUUGUUAUCAGUAUAAAAGACACCUGUCCACAACCUCAAACAGUCACACUCCAAACUCCACUAUGGCCAAGACCAAAGAGCUGUCAAAGGACACCAGAAACAAAAUUGUAGACCUGCACCAGGCUGGGAAGACUGAAUCUGCAAUAGGUAAGCAGCUUGGUUUGAAGAAAUCAACUGUGGGAGCAAUUAUUAUGAAAUGGAAGACAUACAAGACCACUGAUAAUCUCCCUCGAUCUGGGGCUCCACGCAAGAUCUCACCCCGUGGGGUCAAAAUGAUCACAAGAACGAUGAGCAAAAAUCCCAGAACCACACGGGGGGACCUAGUGAAUAACCUGCAGAGAGCUGGGACCAAAGUAACAAAGCCUACCAUCAGUAACACACUACGCCGCCAGGGACUCAAAUCCUGCAGUGCCAGACGUGUCCCCCUGCUUAAGCCAGUACAUGUCCAGGCCCGUCUGAAGUUUGCUAGAGUGCAUUUGGAUGAUCCAGAAGAGGAUUGGGAGAAUGUCAUAUGGUCAGAUGAAACCAAAAUAUAACUUUUUGGUAAAAACUCAACUCGUCGUGUUUGGAGGACAAAGAAUGCUGAGUUGCAUCCAAAGAACACCAUACCUACUGUGAAGCGUGGGGGUGGAAACAUCAUGCUUUGGGGCUGUUUUUCUGCAAAGGGACCAGGACGACUGAUCCGUGUAAAGGAAAUAAUGAAUGGGGCCAUGUAUUGUGAGAUUUUGAGUGAAAACCUCCUUCCAUCAGCAAGGGCAUUGAAGAUGAAUCGUGGCUGGGUCUUUCAGCAUGACAAUGAUCCCAAACACACCGCCCGGGCAACGAAAGAGUGGCCUAGCCAGUCUCCAGAUCUCAAACCCAUAGAAAAUCUUUGGAGGGAGUUGAAAGUCCGUGUUGCCCAGCGACAGCCCCAAAACAUCACUGCUCUAUAGGAGAUCUGCAUGGAGGAAUGGGCCAAUAUACCAGCAACAGUGUGUGAAAACCUUGUGAAGACUUACAGAAAACGUUUGACCUGUGUCAUUGCCAACAAAGGGUAUAUAACAAAGUAUUGAGAAACUUUUGUUAUUGACCAAAUACUUAUUUUCCACCAUAAUUUGCAAAUAAAUUCAUAAAAAAUCCUACAAUGUGAUUUUCUGGAGAAAAAAAAUCUCAUUUUGUCUGUCAUAGUUGACGUGUACCUAUGAUGAAAAUUACAGGCCUCUCUCAUCUUUUUAAGUGGGAGAACUUGCACAAUUGAUGGCUGACUAAAUACUUUUUUUCCCCACUGUAUAUGGAUAGGGCUUAAUUGAAAUGUUUCUUACAGAAGAAAUAUGGAAAUGCAUAACCAUGGUAGCUAUCAAAAGGGAACAGUUUGGAGAUUAUGGAAAAAUUAUUAGACAAAAUGUGAGGACAAAACAGAUAAUCUGACACAAGACUGAAUCCAAACGUUACACUGUUGAUGUUAUGUGAAUUUGACAUUUACUGUACUUUUCGCUGCAUCUUGUUGAUAAUUAAAUCUGAAAAUAAUCUGGAUACAGUCAGUAACAUAAGAAUAUUCAUGAAAACAUUUGGGCUAGGUUCAACAUAAGACGAAAAAAUGACAAGUGAGAGGUCUAACUGGUGUCUCCAAGUGGCCACACACCUCUCCGAAGUGUGAACAGGUCCUAUGUCAUUUCAACUCAAUGAAUAGUCUUCAACUAUAAGGUGCUAUUCUGAGCUCUCCUAGCUGUGCCAUUGAGGAACUAGAGUAAGCAGAUUUGUAGCUGUUUUCUUUAGAACACAGCCCUGCAUCCCCGCCUUAACAUAAUUACUGUUGUUUACUCAUUCCAAAAACGGUCCAUUAGAAAUCGCAAUCUGGUCAGGUGGGCAUCAUUUGAAAGCAUGUUCUAUUGCCAACAUGGCUAGCUAAGUUACAACAUACGAUCUUACAGUGUUAGGCUUUCACGAGGCAAUUCAGAGAAGCGGAUCGUCAUUUUGUUGCGCAUAGAAUAGUGUAUUCAGAUGCGUUUUCCCCGUCCAAAUUUCUUCACAAUACAACAUAGGCUCAUUCUGUUCAGAACAACCCAGGGUAUAACGCCAUGUCAUCGUGUAACUACAUCAAGCAUAGUGAUCAUAAACGUUGGUAAAUUAGUUUUAUAUUAUGGAAAUAUGAAGUGCACAUUUGGACUAACGUGUGUUUUGGCUUGCUUGUAUGACAUCAAAGUGGUAUUUAUUAUAAUCCUCAACAUCUCAUCUUUCAAAAUACAUCAAGUCCUCUUUAUUUCCAAUAUUUCCCUCACUCUGACAACAAAAAAUGUGCUAAAGUUUCCCAAUUAGCGGGAGGGAUGGCGGCAACUUGUUGUCGCGAUCGGCGUUCAAGUGCAGAACCGCUGUCAGUAAAAACCAAUACUGCGCUGUGAAGCAGAGACCUUGAGCCCUGAAGUCCUGAAGAGCAUGUUACUGUACAGCCACUGCGUUCCAAUUUAGCCACUUAUCAGUGUCCAAAUCUGCUCUUUUUAACCCGUAUACGGGUACGAGUGUAAGGAGUUAAGAGUGCAAUGAACAGUGUAGGUGGUAACCACGGCAAACUCAAUCAAACAAACUUUUUUCGUAUAUCACUUUUACAAAUGCAUCUUUCCUAGUAGGAACCUGGGCCAAAACCCCCAAAGAACAAGCUGAAAUAACCGUUCUCAUUAUCACUCUUUAUCGCUUAUUUAUGGUUGCCUAAUGUAGUCAUUUAUCAGUCUGCAAUAGUGAUGAGAGCUGUCUGCCUGUGUCUACAGAGCUGUUCUACACUGAGAGGGCCCACCUGCGGAUGCUCAAGGUGCUGGACAACAUCUUCUACCAGAAGCUCACCAGAGAGGCCAUACUGCCUCCUGCCGACGUCAAGACCAUCUUCACCAACCUGGAGGACAUUGUUCAACUGCAUGGUACUUGCACGCAUGGACAUAAGCGCACACACACACAAACAGGCAUGUACAUGCACAACCACAAGCAUGUACACACACGCACACAUACACACCCCCUUCCCCCCCACACACACACACACACACACACACACACAAUGUCAGAAUGACCCUCUUACAUUCCCUUUCAUUUUGAAUUUCAGUUUUGAUAUCUGAGCAAAUGGCAACAAUUCGGAAAAGGAAUGAGACAUCCGUAAUCGACCAAAUAGGAGACGACUUGCUGUCCUGGGUGAGUACAGCUAUUUUCUUUUUAUUUUGAAGCCUUUUCCCCAACGGAAUAUGAUUUAUGUAAUAAUUGUGUUGUUGGAGAGAAGUCUUUCUUUCAUUCUCACAAUCCACAAAAGCUGUGCUGUUGCCUGAAAUUGCUUUUCACAGCGGCAUAAACAUCCACCUUUUUUUAUGGGAUUGCUUAUCUUUUUAAUUGGCAAUGAGCUGGAGGGUAUAGAUGGUUGCUGUGUUUUGAGGAAUGGAAGUACAAUUGUGAAAUGAUAGUGUGGCACAGAUGGACUGGCGGAACCCAUCCACUAACCUGGUCCCAGAUCUAUACGUGCUUUAUCAAACCCCUCUGUCUAUACAUGUAUAAUAACAAUUCAUUGGAUUUUAUAUAGCGCUUUUCCAAGUGCUUACAUAGAAUGCGGAAACUCACUUUAUCCACCGCCAAUGUGAAGCACCCACUCAGGUGAUGCACGGCAACCAUUUUUGCCAGAACGCUCACCACACAUCAGCUAUCACGGCGGAGACAACCAUGAUAACCAAAAUAUAGCUAUGACAGAAUCAUAACAACUAUGAUAGUCGGAGGGAAUUGGCCCCCCCCCCUCGAUCUGGCACACUGUGCCACCACACACACGCAAGGACCAGGGGGUUGGCUUGGCGACAGGGAGUUGCCAUGGUGACUGACCCCAAUUCGCCUGGCUCGCCUGUGUUUUCCAGUUCAGCGGGGGCGAGGAGGAGAAGAUCAAGCAGGCGGUGGGCACGUUCUGCAGCAACCAGCCCUUUGCUCUGGAGCUCAUCAAGAGCAGGCAGAAGAAGGACUCGCGCUUCACCUCCUUCAUGCAGGUAAGUGGAGGAAUGGAGGAGAGAGGAGGAGGAGAGCGUAAGGACUGGAGUGCACACAUGGGCUAUUGGGCACUCCCUGUUACUUGAGGUUUAGGUCCGGUAUUUGACUGUGUAAUCAACUUCUGCAGACUGUACAGUACAUUGUAUAUGACAGGGUAUGGGAUGUUUGAGGGAAGUACGUGUAGUUCAAUGAUAGCAUUUGAAAAUGAUUUGUUCAUUUUAAGUUAAGUUCAAAUUCAUUUUAAGUAAAUGAAACAUUAAAAAAAGUUGUAGAAAGUAACCAUUCACGAUGUAGGUCUGUCAAAGCUACAGUCACUAGUGGGCGAAGUAUAUACAUGAACGAAAAGGAUGCAUCGUCCCUGUUUUGUUGCUCCUAACUCCACUGUGCGUUUGCAGGAGGCUGAGAGUAACCGACUGUGUCGAAGACUCCAACUGAAGGACAUCAUUCCUGUGGAGAUGCAGAGGCUCACCAAGUACCCUCUCCUACUGGAGAACAUCGCCAAGUACACAGGUGGGCCACACACACUCCUAUACCUCUUUCACUCUACUAAGCCAAGCUGUACUGUACUGGGCUGGCUACACACCCACCAUAGUUGCUGGAACCGUGCUAGUUCAAUAAUGUAAAAAGGUGACUAGACUCUGUGACAAUGAGGUGAUGGCACUGGGCUCGAAGCAGACCAGGCCAUCACAGUGAUGCAGGGCAGCGCGCUUACAGCAGUGUUAAUGAUAGCAGUGUCCUUCUGCUGUGGUGCCCCAGUGACCACCCUCUCUCUCUCUCUCUGUGUGUGUGUCAGUGCGUCUGUGUGUGUGUGUGUGUGGGCCUGUGUAUGCACGCCUGUGUGUGAGGAGCUGCCAGCCCGGCUCAUCACUGUGUAUACAAUGGUAAUGGAUACAUGCACAUCAUGUCUAAAGUAGGGUAUUUUCAGUGACCCGGGCGAGCUGGCAUCGCGUCAGCCAUGAACAAAUUACAGCUGUGCUCUCGGUUAAACUGAGAUGAUUAUUUUGGCAUUUUCCAAAGCCUGUAAUGCACAUUUUGGGAGAUGUUCUCGCAUUAUUUGGGUCCCAUCAUUUUUUAUCUAGGCUCUGGUUUAGUUCUCCCUCGCGGAAAUAAAAUGCACUAAAAAUAAAGUAAAACCAGCUAUUAAGGAAUGUUAAUGUGCUCUACUUGGUCUUAAUUUCCGAGGAUGAUCAGCUGCUAAUCGGUGCAGGACAAUAUCAAUUUGCUGGGCAGUACCCCACAGAGGCAGUUUCUUCUGUUUUUCUCCACAAAAUCUACAUCCCCAUUUCUCUCUCUCUCUCUCUCUCUCAUAAUUUCAUUUCAGAUGACACCGUGGAGAAAGAAAAGGUAAAGAAGGCGGGCGACUGCUGCAGGAAGAUUCUCAACCACGUCAACCAAGCUGUGAAGGAGUCUGAAAACAAACAGGUAGGUGUGAUUUUAGCGUCAUCUGGGAACGGCGGGUACGGUCCCCUGCUCUGCCUAGAAGGCUUCUCAGCCACUCGGAAAUCUGUCCUCUCUUUUCUCCCACUGUUCCUCUUAGAGCAAACAGUGAUGAUGGCAGGUGAUUGAUUGCAGGGAGAAUAUGGGGUUUGUGUCUCUUGGUUAGAGUGUAAUCCUGUCUGUAGCAGCAGCUUACGGCAGUUUUUCUGUGCCUCUCUCGCUUUCUUUCUCUCUUUCUCCCUCUUUCUUUCUCCCUCUUUCUUUCUUUCUCUCUCUCCCUCUUUCUCCCUCUCUCUCUCUUUCUCCCUCUUUCUCCCUCUCUCUCUCUUUCUUUCCACAGAGGCUGGAGGACUACCAGAGGAGGCUAGACCUCUCGUCUCUGAAACAGACGGAGAACCCCAUGAUUUCAGAGCUCAAGGUGAGGCGAUCGAUAAAGCGUUUCUCAAAAAGACUUAUCACAAUGCUGCUCUUUUAGUCUGCAGUCUACCCACAAUUGACUUGAAGCAACAUUUUAGUUUGUUUUGGUUUCUGCGGUGGAGCCACUGCAGUUUUUGUUUAAAUGUCAGCUGAUAGUGCUCGAAAUUGGACUAGGUCAUGCAGCUCCAUUCUUUGGGGUGGAAGAGUACCUGUUUCCAAAGUGAAAGCUAAUAGGGAUCUGACUAAACAAAUAAACGCAGCUAAUCUGACCUUAACUCCCUCUACACUCAGAACCUGGACCUGACCAAGAAGAAGAUGGUCCACGAGGGACCACUGUCAUGGAAGGUCAACAAGGACAAGACUAUUGGUACGCUUUCGCCUUUAUAAGGCGUUUAUGUGGAUAAGUAGGGCCAGGAAGAUUUUCCUGACCAAUGUGAUCCAACCAGGGAAAACUCUUGGCCCUAGUUGUAGACUACAACUGCAAUCUGAGCCCGAACUAAUUCCAUGUCAGGUCAUGUGGUCAGGAAAAACUCCUGGCCCCUAAGACAAACCAUAUGAUGUAAUGGGAGAAAUCAUAAAAGAGACACGAUUGUUGCCUAAUGACAUAUAAUACUAAUAUAACUGCGAUGUCUAUGUCCAAGUGUUCUAUGUAAUUCUGUGGUUAAAUCCCUCUUCUUCUGGACUCAGAGCUGUACACCUUGCUCCUGGAGGACAUUUUGGUACUGCUGCAGAAGCAAGACGAGCGCCUCAUCCUCAAGUGCCACAGCAAAAACCUGUCGGGCACCGCUGACACAAAGCACAUCUUCAGCCCCAUCAUCAAGCUCAACGCGGUGCUGGUGCGCUCUGUGGCCACAGGUAAGUUACCAUAGAGAUACAGUCAUACCAUUAGUUUCCCUGACCAAGAUGGCCGCCCUGUAGUCAUGCUACCUGGAAUGCCAAUGUCCAUUCUAGUGUUCUAUUAAAAUCUGUUUGAGUUAGAUCCAACCUUGUUAACACAAUGACUCCCAGCUCAAAUGACACCCUAUCCCCCAACACGACUCCAACACCAUCAUUAAGUUUGCAGAUGACACAAAAAGUGGUAGGCCUGAUCACCGACAACGACAAGACAGCCUAUAGGGAGGAGGUCAGAGACCUGGCCGUGUGUUGCCAGGAUAACAACCUCUCCCUCAACGUGAUCAAGACAAAGGAGAUGAUUGUGGACUACAGGUAAAAAAAGAGGACUGAACACGCCCCCAUGCUCAUCGACGGGGCUGUAGUGGACCAGGUUGAGAGCUUCAAGUUCCUUGGUGUCCACAUCACCAACGAACUAUCAUGGUCCAAACACACCAAGACAGUCGUGAAGAGGGCACGACAAAGCCUAUUCCCCCUCAGGAGACUGAAAAGAUUUGGCAUGGGUCCUCGGAUCCUCAAAAGGUUCUACAGCUGCACCAUUGAGAGCAUCCUGACUGGUUGCAUCACUGCCUGGUAUGGCAACUGCUUGGCCUCCGACCGCAAGGCACUACAGAGGGUAGUGCGUACGGCCCAGUACAUCACUUGGGGCCAAGCUUACUGCCAUCCAGGACCUCUAUACCAGGCGGUGUCAGAGGAAGGCCCUAAAAAUUGUCAAAGACUCCAGCCACCCUAGUCAUAGACUGUUCUCUCUGCUACCGCACCGCAAGCAGUACCGGAGCGCCAAGUCUAGGUCCAAAAGGCUUCUUAAUAGCUUCUACCCCCAAGCCAUAAGACUCCUGAACAUCCCCGCUGCUGCUACUCUCUGUUUAUUAUCUAUGCAUAUUCACUUUAAUAACUCUACCUAUAUGUACAUAUUACCUCAAUAACAUCGACUAACAGGUACCCCCACACAUUGACUCUGUGCCAGGUACCCCCUGUAUAUAGCCUCGUUACUGUUAUUUUACUAUUGUUAUUUUACUGCUGCUCUUUAAUUAUUUGUUACUUUUAUUUCUUAUAUUUAUUUAGGGUAUUAUUUCUUAAAACUGCAUUGUUGGUUAAGGGCUUGUAAGUAAGCUUUUCACUGUAAGGUCUACCUGUUGUAUUCGGUGCAUGUAACAAAUAAAAUUUAGAUUUAUUGACCAGAGCCCUAUGUUGGCAGCCCUAUGUGACUGUGGUCAAAAGUAGUGUACUAUAUGGGGAAUAGGGUGGUAUUUGACACACAACCAGGAGUCUGACCCUGUUUUCCUGCUAUUCCCUCUCCCAACAGACAACAAGUCGUUCUUUGUUCUCUCAAUGUCGGACAACGGGGCCCAGAUCUACGAGCUGAUGGCCCAGACCGUAUCAGAGCAGAGAAUGUGAGUCCUCCUGACACUGUGGUUUAGUCAUUAUAGCCUCUACUUAAAAAUCCCAUUUAAGUUUUGCUUAAUUCACUGGAGUUGGUAGAAGUUGCCCCUAACCACUGAAACAGGGUCAGAUGUUAUCUGGUCCUAGGUCUGAGGUAAGGGACACCUUCUAUCCACAGUCUACUCACCUCUGUCUUGUCUGUGUGUUGUCAUCCUCCCUCCACCAGGUGGCAGCGGCAGAUCACCCAGAGAGCGGACGCCAUGAAAGUGAAGCCGCACAGCAUCAUCCACUUACCUCAAACGGAGUACGUGCUUCCUCUCAGUAUAAAACUUAUUUGGUGUCUUUUUGGUUUUGUUCAUCAGCAAAUGUAUUUUAUGAUGACCAUGACCUUGCUUCUCCUGAUACUGACUUUGUUCUCUCCUACCGUGUCAGUGGAGAGAGAGACGGUGUGGAGAUCAUCACUGCAGGCGUAGCCCGACUCAGUAAGGACCCGGACCGCAUCUCCUCUGGAAGCAGCCAGUCUAUAGGUAUCUAAACUAGCACCCCAUCGCUCCAUGUUCCCCCGUCUAUAGUGAUCAGUGUAUUUGAGAACUUCUUCAGUAGCAGUUAGUGACAUUGCGUAAUGUGCAGUGGAGGCUGAUAUCACUUUAAAACCGAGGACAGGCUUAUUUCAAUGGCUGGAAUGGAAUGUAUGAAAUGGAGUCGAUGUUUUUGAUACCUUUCCAUAUAUUCCAUUCCAGCUAUUACAUUCCACCCUCCACCAGCCUCCACUGGUAACAUGUUCCAGUAGUAUCCAUCUAGAUUGACUGAAUGCAGGUCAAGGUGUCCUUGUUCUCUCCCCAGAUAAAGAGUGCAGCGCUGCCCCUUGUUGCGUGAUGCAGACCCCUCUCCCAGAUGCCAACCUCUUUGUAGGACUCAAGGCCGAGGAGGAGCCCAGUCGGGAAGAGGGGCUUUAUGGGGACCCGGAUCGUGCAAAUAGUCUCCCCUUCCGCAUGGCCGUAGACGGGCUCAGCGAAUCGGACGGGCUGGGCUUCAGUACUUCUAGAGCUGACGAUGCCUUAAAGACAUGUGAGUGAAAGGACAUCUGCCUCAAUCGCCAAGGUCUCAAGUCUGGAGUGUGAUAUUUAGGGAGUCAAGACUUUUCUGACCAGGAAAAACUCUAGUUAGAGUUAUAUGAACCUUGUCAGGUCGGUUGGUCAGGGAUAGCUCUCUGCCCUAAACAUACAUUACAUAUAUCGAUUUUAUGUGGUGGAGAAUCAAUUCAUCUAAAAUCACACACGGACACUCCUCCAUUGGUCUAACCGUAUCUGUCUCCUCUAGUGUCGGCGCUGAAGCAGGUCCUGGUGACCCAGCUGAUGUCGCAGGAGGAGUGUGAGCGUGCUGGGCGCACCUCCUCGGGGGGUGGGCCGUCUUCUCAGGACCACGUCCCUGAGGACCCCCGUGGACAGCCGUGCCCGGGUGGCGGUGCAGAACGGCUCAGGGAGGUGCACCCAGGCCAGCCACCCCGAGGACCCGGCUCAGGACCUGGUGUCUGGGGACACGGGCUUCUUUGAGUCCCCUGAGGAUUAUGGUGAGCUUGCAGUCGUGUGUGUGUUUGUGUGUGUGUGAGAGAGAGAGAUCAGUGUUUUUUAUCCUGGUCUUGGGGACCCAUGGGGGUGCACAUUUUUGUUCUAGCUCAGCACCAACACACCUGAUUCAACCAACCAAUCUCCCAAUCCUUGCGUUGAAUAAGGAGAGUGUUAGUGCUGGAGAAGAACAAAAAUGUGCACCCCGGUCACCUUUAGGUUUCCCAGUAUUAAAGAACCCUGUGCUAGAUAACUUCCAGUGCGUAGGUGUGCUGAACAGCAGGGACUCAGCUUGGUCGUGUUCAUUAGGGCACCUCGUAGCAAAACAUUUUGCGACGAAAAACAAAAACGAGAAUUUUCUUUCUAUGGACAAGUUCAGGUAGUCCCUCGCUGUUUCAAUCCGUUUUCAUCCCUUUGGUGCCUAAUAAGUUGGGACCUGUUUUUGCGUCUCCCAGCAGGGUACCUGGUCCUGGAGGGCUACGGAGGCUUGGGGGAGAGCAGCACGGACGACGACCUCCAGUCCACGGGGAAGCAGCUGAGCGCCUCACGGGGCUGCGGGGCAGGAGACUCUGGGAUCAGCCUGAGGUUUUCCUCCGCCUCACAGGCAGGUAGCAUCUGCAGCUUCAGCCGACAGGUCCUGUCCCACCUCCGCAACCUGCAGACCAACCUCAACCACCUCAAGGUAUGCACACGUUGGUGGUGGGUGGGUGGGUUGGCUGGUUUGUGAAUCACUGACUCACUGGUUGGUUGGUUGGUUGGGUGGUUAUUUGGUUGACUGACUGACUGGUUGGUUGAUUGGUUGACUGACUGGUUGAUUGGUUGACUGACUGACUGGUUGAUUUGCUUAUUGAAUAGUUGGUUGGUUGGUUGACUAACUUGGGUGGGUGACUGGUUGGUUGGUUGGUUGGUUGACUGGUUGACUGACUGACUGGUUGGUUGGUUGACUGGUUGACUGACUGGUUGGUUGACUGACUGGUUGGUUGACUGACUGCUGGUUGGUUGGUUGGUUGACUGGGUGGUUGACUGACUAGGUGACUGGUUGGUUGACUAGGUGACUGGUUGGUUGACUAGGUGACUGGUUGGUUGACUAGGUGACUGGUUGGUUGACUAGGUGACUGGUUGGUUGACUAGGUGACUGGUUGGUUGACUAGGUGACUGGUUGGUUGACUGACUGACUGACUGACUGACUGUUGGUUGGUUGACUGGGUGGAUGACUGACUAGGUGACUGGUUGGUUGACUAGGUGACUGGUUGGUUGACUGACUGACUGACUGACUGACUGACUGACUGACUGACUGACUGACUGACUGACUGACUGACUGACUGACUGACUGCUGGUUGGUUGGUUGACUGGGUGGAUGACUGACUAGGUGACUGGUUGGUUGCCUACAUGACUGGUUGGUUGACUGACUGACUGACUGACUGACUGACUGACUGCUGGUUGGUUGGUUGAAUGGGUGGGUGACUGACUAGGUGACUGGUUGGUUGCCUACGUGACUGGUUGGUUGACUACGUGACUGGUUGGUUGGUUGACUACGUGAUUGGUUGGUUGGUUGAUUAACCCUCUAGAGUCUAAGCCGGGGGGAUUCUAUGCGAACAUGGAAUUGUUUUAAGAUGGUCAUACCAAGGAUCAUUUGGCUAUUUGAUUUUAAGUUUUAAGACCCCUUAAGGUAUAACCAAAAAGAAGUUAAACAUUGAAUUUGGCGUUCCUGCUAUUGGCCGUUAGAAACGCAUUGAAUAACAGAUUCACUACAUGGAACAACAGGUAGUACAAAACAUCUAAAGGAAGUUUGUUCUGAAGUGUCUGUCCUAUAUCUGAGAGAUAUAAGGAAGAUCAGGAAACUAUUUAAAUGUUUUCUUUUUACAUGUAUUUAUCCCCUUAUUUUAGGCACUAAACUAUCUCCAUAUAUACUUCCAUUCAUUUUUUAAAACUGGUACCGGGGUCCUUCAGCCGAGCCUUGUGAGACUUGUGGGCAUCCUAGAUCAAAAUGGAGAACGCCAUCGUGUUCUCAAUAGAGUGGUCAUAAUAGUUUUUAGACCAAACUGUUCGGACGCUACAGACAUUUUUGUGAGAAGACCGAUUUUCGGGAUGUCUCAUGGUCUAACAAACACCCCUCUAGCUCUGCAGAUGCAGAAGGGCGAUAUCGGCGGAUGCGGUGGAUUGAGAUGCAGCCCAUGAAACAGAUAUCUCUAGCUUAAACAUACAGGUUUUGGUGGAGAUGUUUGUAUUAUGUUAAUUAGAUUCCCACAGGGUAGCGAAAUUGUUAAUUAGGUUAAUUAGUAACGUUGAUUGUACAUUUUACGUUAAUGCGUAUGAAAUCUGAUUGCGGACUGUUCCCUGCUUGUCUGUUUUCUCUCAGGAGGUAGAGGCCAAGUAUCACAGUCUACUACGCCUAAGACCGGCCAGGUCAUCGACAGACGUGGAAGAUAACAAAGGUAAUAUGGCUCUAGUCUUACCGAUUCCUUUUCUCUCUUUCAGUGUUUCAGUAUUUAUUAGAAAACCCAUGAGCAUGUGAGGCGUGACAGCUGAGUUAUUGUUUAUGGUCUGACUGCCCUGGCCCUUUCUGUUAUUAUCUUGUUCCUAGAUAAGAGAUAGCCGCGGAACUCCAAGCCCCUCCCUUCCCAGGCCUCUGCAUCAUGCAGUGAAGAUGGAAGAGUUGAUUUCUGCCUCCCUGCUGUCUUGUUGUUCUGGAUGUCCUCUAUUAGCUUGUCCACUCAACUGCUGAGUACCCCCCUCCUCCCACCGUGGUUCUCCCCGAGAGACUGAGCAUGAGCGAGAGACAGUUGGAGGAAGGGGGGAUUUCUCUGGAUUUCUCCCCCCGCCCCCUCCGUCAGCACAAGGCAAUCAGGGAAGAGGGACUGUCCCGAUUCCACUGCUGCGUGUCCCCACUCCAAUUGCUGUGGGUCGCCCAGUGCCUCCCCUCCCAUUUCUCUCUACUCCUAGUCAUCCCUGCAAAAAAGAGAACUAUACCAAAAUGUACAAAGCUGUGUGUUUAGGAUAUAUAUUAAACACAAAAACAGAAGCGAGAAGAAAAAGGAACAUUUUAAGAUUAUGUAUUAUGUUUUUUUUUAUCUCAAGAUGUAUUUAUUUUAUUUUUUUGUGUUUUCCCAUGUUGCUUGCAUGCUUUUUUGGGCAAUUUCGACCUCCUUUUAGGCUGCUCCACCUGCGUUAGUGCGCACACUAUCCUAUCCUUAAUGAACACAGGAAGAAUAUGAUUGGACUGAGAGGGCAUAGUGGGCAUAGAGUUGCACUUUGUGUGGAGCCCCCAUAGGAUGGUGUUUAAGUCAGGGGCUCUGUCCUGGUCCUCAGUGCAUUUUUACACCUAGCUAAAACUCAUCCCUCCCACUCCUGUUGGUAGUAAUUCCUGGUUUCCCUCUCUGUUCUGUCCAUGCUACUGCUGAUGUGCCAGUGAUCUGAUAAUGUCACAAAGUUCACACAUUUAUAAACUAUCAAGUUGGAAGGUUACGCAUAACUUUAAUUAAAAAAUGCCAUGACACAUUUCUUAACCUAAACACGGUUUAUUCCUUUAGUCCUGUUCUCUUUGCUUAGUUUUAUUCCCAAUAUGGCUUUGUGGUCAGAAAUGGGGAUAGACUUCAAACGUUCUCACCUUCCCUUACUUCUGACCCUGUAGAUAAAUCACUAAAACUAUUUGAUAAACAAGGAGACAAGAUGGGACAGAACGAAACACCAAGUUACUUGGACUGCAGGACGUACUGCCCUGUGGCAGUGGGAGUUUUUUCAGCAGCCAAUUUUCCGCCAAAGUGAGGUAACUAUUGGAGGACAAUGGAGUUAGCCUACUCAUGAAAUGUAACCAUCAUAGUAAAUGUACAGCCCUUUUCACUACAGUUUUGCUCAAUCCUGACCAAUCAGGUAGGUAGUGAACAAAAUAGUGCAGCCUAUGAGUUUGACCAUGUAGGAACAUGUUGCUAAGCUUUUGUUAGGUAACUACAUUUGGUUUGACCCAUUAACAGUAGUUUUAUAUUUCUCAGAUUUCGAAUCCUCUUUUUUUAUUUUUUUUUAUUUACUAUUACAUGGAAUACCAUUACUUAAUUAAUCAAGAACAAGGCUAUCAGGUUGUCCUUGUUCUCCUAUAUGAAGAUGCAGUCACUUGACAUACGCCAGUAGGGGGCAGGCUUUUACCAUCUACCAGAUAGACAGAAGGAGGACCCACCCUGAAACCUGCAAUGACAUCACUUUUCUCUGUCUGAAACAAGGUGUUCUUUUGCUGCUAAAUUUGUAUCUAGUCUAUCAUUGUAUGAUUCAGCUCAAAGUAUCAAAUUAAAGAUUUUCUUCAGGCAUCUGUCUGAAAGCUCAGCUACUGUCUGAAAGGUUGAUAGCUAGAUAUCCCUGAGAGAAAAUGCUAUUGUACCCUGUUACUGCAAAGCAAUGUAAUGUCUGAAGAACUAAAUCUGCUUUGGAGUUUGACUUAUGUAGUUAUCAAGGGUUUUGAGUUAGAUCUAGACUGCCUGACAGUGUGUGCACAUUACUUGAUGAUUUUACAUCUCUUGCUGGAGAGGAAAGACAGAAGCCUCUACAAAGGGUUAACCCCUAAUUACUUCUCCUUUGAGUGACACAUCUCCUGCCUCUGCCUCUCCUCCUGAAGACAUUCUGCACCGAAAUGGAGACCGAGAAGAGAGAGGGAUGGUAAUUGAUUGUCACACUUUCCACAUGCAUCUGUCAAUUACCUAAUUGAAGUUCUAGACAGAGGUGUGCGCUGUCACAUCUGUUUGAGAUAUCGACAAGCCCAUAGUUUUUCUUAUUCUGCCUCUUGGCAUAAUAUUAAGUUAUUGUGCCAAUGUAUAAGAUAUAUCCCUUGUGCCAAAUGUAUAAGAUAAGAUGGAAAUAGGAUCAAUGACUGAUCUAUGAGUAAAGGUGUG